AUGGCUACUGUUAAAGUAACCGAACAGAAGGUUAUUCUAUGCGGUGAAUAUGGUGUUGGAAAGACAUCUAUAUUUAGGCGGUUCGCGAAUAAUACGUUUAUAGCGAGCAGCGAUAGAAAAUCGACAUUGGGUCUCGAUAAUAUCGAUAAAGAAUAUGUCGUUGAGGACAGACGAAUACGAUUGCAAUUGUGGGAUACGGGUGGUAUGGAAAGAGUUGCAUCAGUAACAUCCAGCUAUUAUAAAUUUGCAGAAGCUGCUAUACUAGUUUUUGCAUUAGAUAAUUCAACAUCUUUUCAUCUCUUAUCUCAACAUUUACUUGAUAUUGUUACAUAUGCUGAAAAUGCAAAAAUAUUUCUAUGUGGAAAUAAAAGUGAUUUAGAAAGCACAGCUCCACAAGUUACAGAUGCAGAAAUGGAACAAUUUUGUGAACAAUGUCACAAUUUAAUUUCUGGCAUAUAUAAGACAUCAUGUAAGACUGGAGAAGGGAUACAUGAAAUGUUCGAAGACAUAGCACAGCAUCUAGUGGAAGCUAAUAGAUCACGCAUGGAAUUGCAUGAAAUGGACAAAGACAGAUUUAAAAUUUCAUAUAUUGAUGAAGCUGCUGAUCCAUCAUGUUUGUGCUAA